CUACCAGACCAGAGCAGGUAGCCUAUUCACUCUCAGUCUCCGAGCAGUCAGCAGGGAAAAGUUCAACUUAAACGAUGUCUCGGUCCAGCUCUGCAAGCAUGUUCGGUGGCGCGGGGGGUCGAGACUCUCGUGCCUCCGUGUCCACCCUGCAGGGUCUCCGUAGCGCGCUGAGACCGGACUCUGGUCGCCCCGGUGGCCGGGAUGACGUCGACAACACCCCAGCGGCUCCCGCAGAUGACAAGAGGACCAUGAAGGGUCUUAAUGACCGACUCUCCGGAUACCUCGGCAAGGUUCGUAAGCUGGAGAAGGAGAAUCGUGAGCUGGAGGAGAAGAUCGAGGAGCUCCUGAAGAAAAGAGGCAACACCACCGACCACGACUGGGACCAGAUCACCAAACCCCUGGAGGACCUCAGGAAAGAGGUGCGCCAGAAGACAAUGGACAACGCGCGCCUCAUCCUGCAAAUUGACAACAGCAAACUGGCCAAUGACGACUUCAAAAACAAGAUCGAUACUGAGGUGGUGGCUCGUCAGCAUGUGGAGCGCGACCUUGCAGAGCUGAAGAAGGUCAUUGAUGACACCCAGCUUAGCAAGAUGACCUUGGAGAGCCAGAUCGAGGGCGCAAAGGAGGAACUGGCCUACCUGAAGAAGGACCACGGAGAUGAUGUGGCAGUGUUGCGCCAGAAGGUGCGUGAGUCAGACGUUACCGUGGAGAUGGAAUCAGCUGACUCCAAUCUGGAAGACACACUGAAGAAGAUCCGAGCCCAGUACGAGAAUGUCGCCGUGAAGAACAAGGAGGAGACCGACAACUGGUAUACGAAGAAGUUUGAACACAUCAAGGUGGAGGUGGCUAAGAAUACGGAGAGUCUUCAGAGCAGCAAGAGCGAACUGACAGAACUCAGACGACAGAAACAACUACUGGAGAUCGACGUUCAUGCCAUGACAACCACGAUCUUGUCCCUGGAGGACACGCUGAAGGACACUGAAGGUCGUUAUGGUCAUGAGGUUGCGCGUCUCAAUCGCAUUCUGGUGCAACUGGAGACAGAGCUGAGCCAGGUUCGUGAUACAGUGGAGCGCCAGUCGGAUGACUACCAGUCCCUGCUGAACGUCAAGAUGAAACUGGAGGCAGAAAUCGAGAGUUACAGAAAACUCUUACAGGGAAUUGACAACAGCGGUGACUUUGCUCUAGAGCAGGCGCUGAUGAACGCCACGCCCCCUCCCAAGAGUAAGAAGAACAAGAAGGGGGAGGAGACUAAGGCAACAGCCAAUGAAGAACCAAAGACACCAACGACCCCCAAUGCAGAGAAACCAGCCAAGUAGAACACACGCCACACACAUUCUCUCCCUUAAACACACAAACACACACACACACACACACACACACACACACACACACACACACACACACACACACACACACACACACACACACACACCUCUGAGCUGGUGCCCUUGGUGCCGCAUGUCUUGUUGGAGAAUACGUUGUUGUUUUUGGAAACAAGAGAGAAAUGUUGUGUACUGAAAGCUGAAAUGCCGACAUAAUAAAGAAGCAUAAAUGUCA